AGUUGUAGUCCUGACCGCGGCUAACUUCCCUCUCUGACCAAGAUGGCGUCUCUUAGAAAGGAGUGUUAGCAGAGGGUCUUUGUUGUGUUAGAAAGAGGUAAAAUGUGUAAAGUCCAGAUGCUGAGAGCGUUGGUGGAGCAGCGACUAACUGCGGCUGCUGAAGAGAUAUUUGGGCUGUUUGAAAGAACGAUAGCAGAGUACGAGGAGGAACUUUGUCGUUCAAAAGAGGAGAACGAGCGACAACGGGAACUACUGGACGCUGUUUUCAACCCUCAGCUCCGGGUCCACAGAGCAGAUUUCUUUCCCCCUGAGCAGCAGGAGUGUAGCUCCAGGGUGGACCAGGAGGAGCCAGAGUACCCCCCACACAUUAAAGAGGAGCAGGAGGAACUGUGGAGCAGUCAGGAGGGAGAGCAGCUUCAAGGGCUGGAGGAGGCUGAUAUCACCAAGUUCCCAUUCACUCCUGUCCCUGUGAAGAGUGAAGAUGAUGAAGAGGAAGCUCAGUCCUCACAGCUUCAUCAGAGACAAACUCAACACAUGGAAACAGAAGCUGAUGGAGAGGACUGUGGAGGACCAGAACCAGCCAGGAACUCACAUCCACUUUUACAACCAGAGACUGAAGACCAGAUUGGAGACUCUUCUGAACCUGAGACUGAUGACAGUGCUGAUUGGAAGGAGACCAGAGAACCUCAGUCAGCUUUAAACUCUCUGAAACAUGAUUCAAGAUGUAAGAAAACAUUCAGCUGCUCUGAGUGUGGGAGGAGAUUUGGCCAAACAGGACAUCUAAAAAGACACAUGAGAACUCACACUGGCGAGAGACCUUUCAGCUGCUCUGAAUGUGAUAAAACUUUCACUGUAAAGGAAACCCUGAAGAGACACAUGGUUACUCACACAGGAGAAAAACCUUUCACCUGCUCAGUCUGUAAGAAAUCUUUUACACAGAGUGGAAGUUUACGUUCCCACAUGGCCGUGGUCCACACAGGAGAGAAAAGAUUCAGCUGCAGUGUUUGUGACAACAGAUUUACCCGGAGUUCUCAUGUCAUAACACAUAAAUGUGUUGGUCAUAUGGAAACAGAAGCUGAUAGAGAGGACCGUGGAGGACCAGAACCAGCCAGGACUUUAAUCUUUAUUUAGUCUACAUUUCUAUAU